GUUGUCUUCGAAUAACAGUGUAAAAUCUUUAUUUACCAUCUCGCGAGAUUAAAGUCGACGAUAUUUCUCGUCGCGUUAAAAAUCAGUCUCUCGAGAUUUGUGAGUUAUCAAACUUCUGUUUGUGACCUGUGGGGGCAGUAAAAUGAAACGAAAAAGAGGAGGAGAAGCAGCAAGCAGCCAGGAUGACUUCGCAGGGGCCGGCGGCUCGUUAAGAAGAUGAACUAUGGCUCUGUCUAGCUUUGUGUUACCAGCGAUGAUUGACGACUCCAGCCUCGAGGGCUGGAAGGUGAUUGGCUCCGGGGGUUUUGGACAAGUCUACAAGGCCAGGCAUCGAAUAUGGGGCUCCGAUGUGGCCAUUAAACUGCUUCACUAUGACAACGGGAACAAUGCGCCUUUGCAGCGUGAGAUCGACAUGAUGCGCCAAGGAAGCAGCCCGCAUGUUAUUCAGGUCCGAGGGGUCUUCAGGGGUCGACCACCCUCUGGCCAGACCACACAGCUGGGUCUGGUCAUGGAGUUCAUGGAGAGAGGAUCACUGGCGUCCCUACAGGAAACCUUACACGGAGCUCCACCCUGGCCGCUGGUCUUCAGACUGGCUCACCAAGUGGCUCUGGGUAUAAACUUCCUCCACACUCUGUCUCCUGCGCUGCUCCACCUGGACCUGAAGCCCAGCAACGUGCUGCUGGACCUCGAUCUCAAUGCCAAGCUCACAGAUUUUGGCCUUGCCCGUGUCUACAACAGUGUCACGCGGCCCUCCAAGAAGGACAGCGAAGAAGGCGGGACAAUCAGCUACAUGCCGCCUGAGGCUUUUACUCUUGGGUCAUACAGCCCUACCAGAGCCUCCGAUAUCUACAGUUAUGGUAUUCUCUUAUGGUCCAUGGUCACAGGGAAGCAGCCAUAUGCAAAUGCAAGACCCACUUUAGUUCAGCUUCGCAUCCCGGAGGGAGACCGCCCACCGCUGGAGGAGAUCAGGGCUCAGGCUGCAGGGCUCGCUGGGUUGACUACACUGAUGGAGCUGAUGGUGAAAUGCUGGGACAAAACACCCGACCAAAGGCCUACAGCCCUUGAGUGCGCGACUGUGGUAGAAGACCUGUAUAAGAUGCACAAAUAUGCAAUCAAUGAAGCUGUCUAUCAAGUGCGGAAGAAACUGGACGAAAAGGAAGAAGAGGGCAUGAUCGAGCAGGUUGAGAGGGUUCAUAUCACCCAGACUUCAGUGAGUGAAGACGUUGGUGACAACACGCCAACAGGUCGCCCACCCAUUCAGGAAAUGGCUGGCUCUGCAAAUCUAAAAGACAAAGCAAGAUUCAAAGAUGCGCAUUCAUCUCGACCAGCAAAUGAAGUGAGAAAGUCCUCCGUUUGUCCCAUACGUUCGUCACCGCCGCCUCCUUCGACUGAGAAGCCACUUCAAGGCAAAGCAGCAAAAAACACCCAGCGGGCUUUCAAGGAACAGCUCUCUUCACAGUACCAGCGUCAGUUUUCCAGCCCCAACACUCCAACCUGCUGCAACCAUAAUACACGUGGCCGUGAUAUUCACCUCAGCAACGUCACCGGAUUUCAGCACGGCGACAACAACACCAUGCACAUCCAGUUAAUAGACUCCGAUAGAAGACGGCACCCGACAGCGCCGUCUAGAGUCAACCUGCCGCCACAGCAGCCAGGAAGCUGGAAGGACAAGACCGGAGGAGCCGGCUGAGCUCACGUGGACCUCAAGUUCUCUAAUUUUCUCUUACAGCUCUUUAUGCUUGGAUUGUCCUUUCUUGCACAACAGGAAAGUCAUAUUUUGUAAGGGAAGAGAAACUUCCCAUAUGAAAGGGUAGCUGCGUGUUUUAAAAUUUGCUGUGUUGCUUUUUUAAAUCUGCAAGUCAUUCAGAUGUAGUUUAGACAGCAUGCAGGCGUUGAAAAUGAUGAUUUGGUUGUUGCUGGGUUUUUUUUUUAUAACUGUAUUUAUUUUGCUUAUUUUGUAAGAAAAUGUGAAAACCAAUGAGCCCAAAAAAAACCAAACCUCACACCUCCCUUUUGCCCUGUCAGCAGUUUAAAUGUGAGCCAAGUCUGGUCAUAUGGUCUUGCUUACAGUAGUUACAGUGCCAACUCACCAUCAGGGAUCCAAAAAUCACUAUACAGUAACAACAGAUUGACUAUUAAUCAAAAACAGGUUGAUAUAUAUAUAGUCUAUUAUUUUGAUUUUUAACCUUUGGUGCACAUGUGACCAUCUCUUUGGUCAUAGAGGUUAAAAACAAACAUGAAGAAUAAUUUGCAAGUUUGCAUAAAAAAUAUUGAUCAUCAAACUGUAUUUUGGAAAUUGCAAAUAUUUUUGUACUUAAUGCAUUAAUUUGGUUUCUUUUUUAUACUUCUGCACCCUUUUGUGGGUGUACAGUCAUGGAAAAAAUGAUUAGACCACCAUUGUUUUCUCUAAUUUCUUGUUCAUUUUAAUGCCUGGUACAACUAAAGGUACAUUUGUUUGGACAAAUAUAAUGAUGACAACAAAAAUACCUCAUAAGAGUUUAAUUUAAGAGCUGAUGUCUAGACAUUUUCUAUGGUUUUCUUGAUAAUGAUUUUGGUUAUUAUCAAGAAAACCAUGGAAAAUGGCUAGAUAUCAAGAAAUUGAAGAAAACAAUGGUCUUAUAAUUUAUUUUUUUUACAAACUAAUGAAGUGCAGCAAAUAAAAUUUUCUGACCCUAUAAGAACUUUAUUAUGAAUCUUGAAUUUUAACAUAUAUGUAUAAAAGACAUGCAGAAUGUUAAUGUAUCAGUGUUGCCAUAAAGAGUUAUAUUGACAAUCUUGAAUACUCAUUAGAAGCAUAAUGUAGCUUCAAUGAAGUGUUGGAACAACAGUGUAUGGAAUAUUUUUGUACCGUAAUUAUCAUCUUGUACUAUGCAACAUUUCUUUAUUUCUUUAAAAAAAAACAUGGGCUAUCUCCUUUAAUAUUGCUUCAGUGGAAAAAAAAGAGAGAAGAAAGGAAGCAUUAAUAAAUUCUGUGUUUUUGCUGAAA